ACGAUUCCAUUUCAAAUCAAAAAAGAGGAGUAAACAUAAGCUAAGCUACGAGAGAGAGAGAGAGAAAAAGAGAAAGAGAAAGAGAGAGUAGUUAUGGCUUGGCAAACGGCGAGAUUGAUCGCGAACGUGUCAAAGAAGGUGAGGCCUAUCACGCAAUCACCGCUGUGGCAGCAGCAGCAGCACCGACUAUUCGGAUCCCCGGCGCCGGAAGUCUUCGUGGACAAGAACACCCGCGUCAUAUGUCAAGGUAUCACGGGGAAGAACGGCACCUUCCACACCGAACAGGCCAUCGAAUAUGGCACCAAAAUGGUUGGUGGAGUCACCCCAAAAAAGGGUGGUACUGAACACCUUGGACUUCCAGUUUUCAACACUGUUGCAGACGCAAAAGCUGAAACCAAGGCUAAUGCUUCAGUUAUCUAUGUACCUCCCCCCUUUGCUGGAGCAGCGAUUAUGGAGGCAAUGGAAGCUGAAUUAGAUUUGGUUGUGUGCAUCACAGAGGGAAUUCCUCAGCAUGAUAUGGUUAAAGUAAAAGCUGCUCUUAAACAGCAGACCAAAACUCGUCUUAUUGGUCCAAAUUGCCCUGGUAUCAUCAAACCAGGUGAAUGCAAAAUUGGAAUUAUGCCUGGAUACAUUCACAAGCCUGGACGUAUUGGAAUUGUUUCUCGAUCUGGCACAUUGACAUAUGAAGCAGUUUUCCAAACAACUGCUGUUGGCCUUGGGCAAUCAACCUGUGUGGGGAUUGGUGGGGACCCUUUCAAUGGUACAAAUUUUGUUGAUUGCUUAGAGCGAUUUGUUGCUGACCCACAGACUGAAGGUAUUGUUCUUAUUGGUGAGAUAGGUGGUACUGCAGAAGAGGAAGCUGCAGCCUUCAUAAAGGAAAGUGGGACUGAGAAGCCUGUUGUUGCUUUUAUUGCUGGACUUACUGCCCCACCUGGACGGCGGAUGGGUCAUGCUGGAGCUAUAGUUUCUGGGGGGAAGGGUACAGCUCAAGACAAAAUCAGGACCCUUAAAGAAGCUGGUGUAACAGUAUGUGAAUCUCCAGCAAAACUUGGAACCACAAUGCUUGAUGUCUUCACAAAGAGGGGUCUUCUGUAAAGCAUGAGUGGAUAUUUUUGGUUCAUGAGUUUCUUCUUUUUCCCCGAUUUUAUUUCUUUUUGACUUGUGGUAUAUCCAACCAUCAUUGAAACGCAUUUAUCUGUUAACAACGUAGAUAAAUACAAGGCGGCUGUGCUGUUUUCUAGCAUUCUUUAAAAGCCUGAAGUGUUUGGUUUUCAUAGUGCUUCGACUGUCUACCCUGCUCCCAAUCAAUGUCCUCUCCAGGGGCAUUGGUAGCAUGCAAUUUAUUUCGUCCCCCGUUGUAAACAAUGACUUGCGUUUUUAUUAGCUUCCAAUAAUGAAAAGAACAGCUUUGUGGAGUAGUUGGCAUA